CUGAACUCAAUUAAAUCUAAAGAUGAAUUGAUUUGACCGCUUCUGAAAAACCUCACGAAUUGUCGAUGUGACGCACCAAUCAUCUUGCGACAGCUUGACCUUCAGGUGCUCACAACCCUCAUCAGUCAACGAUACCCCUGAAGCGUUGCCCAUGUGUGACUGGGCGUAGUUCAGAUUUAUUUUAUUCCUCCCUUUUCAAUUUACCGAUUCUCAUUUGUGUGUUAUCUCGCAUUACUGCUAAUUGAUUAACAUCCGAUUACCUUACUAUGGGGAAAUUCUGUGAGUUUCACUAAGUUUUAUGGAAAUCCUGAGGAAAUGCGUGUGGAAGUUCAAGAAUUUUUCCUAUUCUGUUAGUUUAAGCACCGGUAUUAGUUCAGAACUGGGUGUCUACUAAUAUUUCCCCAUACAUUCCCAUACACCAGGGGAAAGCAAGCAACACCCCACUGUCUAGAGAGAAACUACAACGUAUGGCUGAACACCGAUUACCACGACGCGCGAUGCUGACUAGUGUUGGGGUUGGUUGGAAAAAAGUUAGUGACGGCCACACCAAAACGAGGCAUCACUCCUUGGAGUCACUGACUUCUGGUAUUUGGCAUGUUGGUAAAUGCAGACUACUUGGUUGGGGUCCGCGUGACUAUCGUAACCAAUGGUUUGAGACUGUGUGUGACAUCGCUCAGAAUAGAUCACAAUGAUGUAGGUGUAUACACUCAUUAUCUUCCCUUAAACUGUGAGACUAAAAUUGGUUUAUAUCUUUCUACGAACUAAUUCUUUCUUCCUGUGUCCUUUUAUGCAUUCUUUUUUAAUAUAUUACUUAUUCAUUAUUAUUUAUUUGAACACAAAUAUUGUAUAUUACUACCAGUAAAGUAGCUACUAUGAAUUUGAUUUUCAUCUUGUGCUAAUGAGGUGUGGCAACUGGGACCGAUGCAUAUAUGUGCCUGGUCCUACGUUGUAGCUGACUGACUGAUUGAUUGCAUGUCCACAUUAUAUCUCCUGAGAAUCAUUUACGUAGUUACGUGUGGAAUGUUUAUGCAAGCGACGUUAAUCAGGGCUUUAUAAAUGUUUGUUACAACAGACAAGUUGAUGUUAAAAACAAUCGCGCGACCAUAUUUGAAUUGCGUUAAGUUUGCGAAAUAAACUGCAAAUAAAAAAGACGCUCAUAUACACAGAAAGUUCUGGUGCUUCACAAUGAAGUUCAUACGUUUUUCCUAAACUGUGGGGAAGCUUAAAAUUUUUAUUGGUGAACUUCAAUGAAUUUUCUCAAAUAUUUUGUUAAUUUUGGAGAAAACCUAAAUUUCCUCUAAACGUUUUGUGAAUUUCUUCGAAAUUAUACAAAAUUCUGGGGAAUAACUUCAGUCCUAUUGGAAUUUGAUGGUUUUAUUAAAUUCAUUUGAACACAAGCAGUGCUUAUAAGGGGAACCAAAUACGUACGUGCCACACAACAAUAAUGAGGCUGUGAAGGGAUAAUGUAAAGCGCGUAUAAUGAGUGAACAACAAAAAACAGAAAUUAAUGUAUGAGUGGAAUAAUAAUGAUAAUAUAGGAACAGUUCGAUUAGCAAAAGUAUAACCGGAAAUAAUUACUUUAAGUACAGAAUUUACCUUCAUUUUGAUGAAAUUUAGAGCAGGAUUGCCACUGACUUCUGUUCUGAGCCACGUCUAACAAGAUAUCAACCAAUAUUGCCCCAUCUCUAGAACCUCAACUAAGGAGUCGUAAAGGACCAAUAGAAGCCAGUCCUGUGCAAAUUUCAUGCCACAACACCAUGUCAUACUGAUCACUUCUCUUCUUUCUAUCAAUCCCAGCGUCGGCAAAUAAUACACGACGAAGAAUUAUCUUGGACGACAUUCGUAGGAAAUAUCCGAGCCAUUGAAGUUGGUAUUUCAAGAUAGUGACACUAAAUUGUCAUCGCUGUGCUCGAACACGAUGCCGAACCUCUACAUUACUAAGAUGGUGUUGUCAAUGGAUGUCACCAAUCCUUCGGGGACAACGAUCGAACACAGAGUUGUCUGACAUCCUCCACUUGGAGAAGCUAGGUCUCACAAGCAUAGGGCAGAACUUCUCUCACCGAUUCGUUGAUCUGACCUUUUAUAGCCUGACUAACCACGAGGGCGCCAGGGGUGGCCCAGAUUGGCACAUGCUACCCUGACUUUCAUUACACGUGCCAAAAUGUUCUUUUGAAGCCUCUACAAGGUUUUCAUGAAGUUGGCAAAUUUUUUCCCAAGAUUGAAAAAUUGUGAAGUUUCUUCUCAAAAAGACAACCAACGCUAUUUCCAUUUCUUUUACAGAUUCCUCUGUUGGGACUGAAUUUUAAUAUUUCAUACACAACGGAUCAUUAUUUAUUGGAUUUUAGAGUAUGUCAAAUUAUCCACCGGUUUUUAUUGGUUUAAAUUCAUACGGGGGAUCAGAAGUCUAUGAGAACGCCUAUUCUCUGAUCCAGUUUCUUUAUGAAACCCAUCAGGAAUUCGAUCUUGAAGGUUCUUCAACAGAAACCUACAUAUUACCCAAGGACGAAUUGACGCUAAUUCAACUUGUCCUACGUGAUUUUGACAAAGAUAAAGUUUGCACAUUUUGCCUUAAACCUUUUUGCCUACAGUACCCUAUAAAACAAGAAGACAUAUCGCGUUUUUGGUAUAGAAUGUGUCGCCAUCGUCUUUAUCGGUAUCGAAUUCUUGUAGACGACAAUGAAUACAUGUUUUGUACUAAGGUUGACGAAUACCUGAAGGCUAAUAAUUUAGUUGACCGGAUUUUAAUUGCUCGUCGCUUGUUGAAGGAAUUCUCUGAAAAUUCUGCACUGAAAACUAAGUUAUUCUACUAUCGUUAUAUUGUUCAGUCGAACAAAUUAGAUUGGUUUGAGCAUCUAAUGGUUGAAAUUAUGGCAGGUUUUAAUGUACCACACCUAUGCUUUCCAUGUCUUUCAGCUACUGAAAGCAAAUUCUAUUGUCUUCGGCAAUGUGAGAUUGAUUUCAACACCCGGUACAAGGAAUGUGUCUUACUUGAAACCCUUCUCAGUUAUCUUGGACUUGCAGUUAACAUUAAGGAUUCCUUACGUUUUUUACGAAUAUUUAACCUGCCUUACCGAGCAUUGAAUGAACAAACUUUUACAUCGCUUCGAAAAUUGGCUCUGCAAGAUAAUCUAUCAGUUACUCAAGUAGCCAUCUCAUUUGUUGGUCGCAUGAGGUUGAGGGACUCCAGCUACGCUCCCGAAUGUGAUCAUCCGCUUCGUCGGUGGUCUUCAGGUUUGAUUCAUCUGGUGGAUUCUAUCAAUAGGUGUCACGAUGUAUUGUCUGGGGCUGCUGAUGAUAGUUUGUUGGCGUCGGGCACUGCUAAUUCACUAAUGACCGUUGAUGACGCUGUGAAAUCUGUAUGUCAAUGUAUUCGUGUUUCAUGUAGUAUUUUGCGGAAACCUGGUGUAGUUGAUGAAAGUAUGCAUGGAAAAAUGAAGACAACUAUCAACUUUUCAGAAAUCCCUACUGUCUGCGAUAGUCUUGUUAAACGAAUAUAUCAAUUGUCUUCCACAAAUAUUAUUUCAAACAUGUGCCGUGAUACACCAGACAGACCCUUAUAUGCAGGAGGAAGUUUACGAGGUAGAGGAGCCUUUAAACUCAUACGUAUAUUACUUGUAACUGAAUCUGAAAGACUGAAAAUCGCUUCGACUAAAUAUCCCAAUUCACUGUCAACAACAAAUAGUUCGUAUUCAUUUAACGAUUGUUCGAAUACACCCCCGAAUCACUUGAAAAAGUCUAAUACACCAACUACCGAUGGUCGUACAUGUAAACUGCUUCCAAUGUUUAUGUCUCCAUCUACACCAAUCGUAAACAAAUCGUCACCAUUUACCAGUGAUCAUAUUUCUCCACAAAUUAAAAUGAAUGAUGAGAAUAAAUUUCCUCCAAUGCCUAAACGAACUGUCAUGUCUCAUUAUCAAUCUAACCUAGAAUGGGUUAGCGGUCAUUGUUCUCCAUUAAUUAGUUAUUCUGACUCCAUUAAUGAAACCAGUUCAUUACCAUGUUGGCAAGUUGUCAAUGAGGAUUCACAAUCCAAUAUAUCAUUCAUUAAUAGCGGCUAUUCCGAACAUGGAACUCCAACUAAAUUGUCUAGUCUGAAAAAUAAACGGUCAAGAACUUUAUUCACAGAAGAAAAUGUUAAAAUUAGUGGUUUAUCGGUACUCUCACCAUCAUCACUGCCGCAACAACAACAAACUAUCUUUCUAUCCUUGUGUUUAUGCUUGCUUUUCGUCAGCCCAAACCCGCUAUGUGAGGUGUUGGGGAUGUACGCACGACUUACUUAUUAAAAGAAGUAGUAAACGAGAUUCACAAGAAGUGAAUAGGUAUGAAAGAAGAUCACAACAAACUAUUAAACAUUCUAACCAAAGAAAGAGUCAAUCGAAAAAGACUUCAUCUGCUAACAACAAUAGACAACGACAACGUUCUUUACUGGAAUUUUUAAAAUAUAGUGAUUAAAUUAAAUGUAUGUAUGAAAUAUUUGUAUUUUUUUAAACGAUGAAUAGUAAUUGCCAGAACUGACUACCCUAACAGUUUGACAGAUUUCUGUUUGAUAGUUUUUUUUUAUACUUACCUCAUGAUAUUUGUAUCUUGUAUACUUUGUAUUAUCUUCACUUUAAUCUUUUGUAGCAACAUUUAUACGUGUAUUUUACUGAACUUAUUGCUUCUAAAUGUUUUUGGAUAAAUCUGAAUGUCU